AUGGUUCGAAUCACAAAGAUCUUCCCUCGCGAAUGCAGUUCCUGUCAUUUGCCUUACAAUAGCUCUUCAAAUGCUAUCAAAUGUCGAAAUAGAUGUCUUAAAAGCUGUGGAGACAUUAAUAUGAUCAGUAAUAAAAAUAUGGAUAUUGUUGACAGAACUGAAAAUGAUAAGCCCAUGUAUGAUGCCAAUAUGAAAUGUGAUAAUACCAUGGAGGAAUCAACUGCCAUGGAAGAAAUUGAAGAUGCAACCGCACCAUUGGUGUUUGACUUCAGCCAACCUCUUCCCACUUCCAGUAUCAACAAUGCAAAGAACCUGGAAUUUAUCCCAAUCGUCAAGGAGUUUGGCAUUUCUUGUAAUGCCCAUGAAAAGAUUGCCAGCUACUUCAACGAGAUUCUUGCUAACUCUACAAGCACAUAUAGAGCAUGCACACCUUACCUCAGUAAAGAGCUUCUGAAGUGUUUCUCCAGAAUAGAGGAGAAGAAAUAUGACAUUUGCUGCAAUGGCUGUAUGUUGUUUGAUGCAAAUGAAACCAAGUGCUUGCAUUGCGGUGAAGAUCACUACAAGAGUGCCCAAGAUAAUGCCACUGCCCUAUGUACACUGGGGAGCUUCCGUGAUUUCCGUGAGGCAGACGAGUCCAGCCGAAGAGGACUUACAGGGCAAUUACUACUGACAACAUUAGAUGCAUUCUCCAGGCCAUAUUUCUUUGCCUUGGAUGAAAUGCAUAGUAUCUGCUAUGGUGUAGCAAAACAGGUCUGGGGGCUCAUCACUGGCAAGUACAAAAAAAAACAUCUGCUUGUUCUCUCUGUUGGAGUCCAGAAAGAGAUAGGUGCAGCAAUGAUAUUGACAAGAAAAACGAUCCCUACAUUGUUUCAUGGUGCUUGGAGAGACGUAUCAAAGAAUGCAGAAUACUUUAAGGCAGUAGACUAG